AAGGAGAGAGAGAGGGGAUGAGAUCAUUUUUUUCAUUUCUUAUUUACAGUUCCAACGAACAGUGAGAGAGGUUUCUAAUUCUAAAACAAACCAGUGUUCAUGAAUUGUCUGAAUGAUACCGAAAAAAAAAUUAAAAAACAUUUCAAUUUGGGAAAAAAAUCAAAACUUUUUGUUUGUUUUAUUUCUUUCUAUAAAACCCCUCUUUUCCAAUUUAGUCGAAAUUCACUCUCUUUGUGAACGUACGAAUCCAGACGACUCUGUGGAGUUUAGUUUAUAAAGCAACCGAGUGAUGAAAAUGGGGCUACUUUUCACGGAGUGAUAUUUUAAUCUAAAGUUUGGGUUUUUAUUAUCAAAGUUGGAGGGGUCGUCUCGUCUCGGAUGGGGGUCUCUGUGGGAUAGAGAUAGUUUUGGGGGUUUUUAAUAAAGGGACAACAAGGAGCGUCGACGAAAUAAUAUUAUUACAUUAGAACAAAAGACGAGAGAGAGCGUCAGAGAGCGAGUAACACAAUCUAUGGAAGAGACAAGGAAGAAGAAGAAGGAUGACUCCAAAAAGAAGGAGCGUCAUAUUGUCACUUGGUCUCAACAGGAGGAUGACAUACUUCGAAAGCAAAUCACUUUACAUGGCACUGACAAGUUCGUGUCUUUAUUCUUCUUCAAUCUCUCUGGUGGUUUAUUGGAUUGAUUCUGAUGAAAAGAUGUGUGUGUGUGUGUGUGUUUUUGUUGGGUUGAUUGAUUUCAGUUGGGCGAUCAUUGCUUCCAACUUCUCUGAUAAGAGCACAAGGCAGUGUAGACGCAGAUGGUAUACAUACUUAAACUCUGAUUUCAAGACAGGAGGUUGGUCCCCCGAAGAAGAUACUCUUUUGUGUGAGGCACAAAGAGUGUUUGGGAACAGAUGGACUGAGAUUGCAAAAGUGGUCUCAGGCAGAACGGAUAAUGCAGUGAAGAACAGGUUCACAACACUGUGCAAGAAGAGAGCCAAGUAUGAAGAAGCCAUGGCUAAAGACAAUACUCUUGCUUCUUGUAACAAAAGAAUGUUGCUUCCAGAUUGUGGUAUCAGUACACCACCGAAAGCCGAAAGCGUUUCCCCUCUUGCUAAAAAGAUCAGGAGAAGUGACAUUCCAGGUCCCACCGUGUUCGGUGGCUAUGGAGAUAGAUCACACAUAAAGGUUAAUUCAGGUGUGAAUCAGCAUUCCUCCUAUGGAGAUAGAUCGCAUAUAAAGGUUGUGAAUCAGCAGAUAAGACCUCCUUUUUGGGUAAUAGCCCACAAUGAGGAGAAGAUUCAAAAAGACAGUGCCAAAGAGAGCGAAGGUGAGGAUAAAGAGAUGUUUCUUAAGAAGGAUGAUCCAAAGGUAACAUCAUUGAUGCAACAAGCUGAGCUUCUCAGUUCAUUGGCUCAGAAAGUUAACACAGAACAAAGCAUGGAGAAUGCCUGGAAGGUCCUGCAGGAUUUCUUUAAUAAAAGCAAAGAGAAUGAUAUAUUCAGAUACGGACUACCUGAUAUCGAUUUCCAACUUGAGGAAUUUAAGGAUCUUGUUGAGGACUUGAGGAGUAGUAACGAAGAUAGUCAAGCCUCUUGGAGGCAACCGGAUCUCCAUGACUCACCUGCAAGCUCUGACUAUAGCUCAGGAUCAACUACAAUGCCACACUCUUCUGGUGAUCAAACCCAACAACCCAUGUUACUACCAGAUAAUGAGCAAGUGGAUUUACUGUCAACUUGUCAUGAGAUUGUGCCCAUGUCGGUUGAGGAAGAGUUUAACUCGCCUGUUCAAGUCACUCCAUUGUUCAGAUCUCUAGCAGCAGGCAUCCCAAGCCCACAGUUCUCUGAAAGUGAGAGGAACUUUGUGCUAAAAACACUUGGUGUUGAGUCACCAUGUCCAAGUGCUACUAAUCUUUCACAACCGCCUCCUUGCAAAAGAGUCCUUCUUGAUAGCUUGUAAACCCCAAACCAAAAGACCGCGGUUAUGUCUCCAUGGAGCCGACAUAACUUGCAUUUCUUCCCUCUCUUUUUGCUUAGAUUUUCUUCAUAGGUUUGCAGCCAUAUCGGCCUGAAAAGUUUUUGUGAAGCGGGCGUGCCAUGAUCUGCAUUAUUUCCCCCCUCAGUGUUGAUAAUCUAGAAUCCAAGAAUGUUAAAAGGUAACAUUUCUAAGUCUAGACCUGAGUUUCUCUCUCAGAUACUCAGGAGUGUUUCUUUUCAUCAUCAUCUUCAUCAUACUCUCUAACCCGUUUCAUAAAAGGGUUAGAGAGUAUGUGUUUUCUUUUAAUUCAUGACGUGUGUGUGUAAGAAACAUUCUUUUGUUUGUCCUCCCUCUCUUUUAGGGUCAAACCCGGAUACAUAAUCCGGGUCUUUUCUUUUCAAAUGAAUUCUUGAUUUGUUGUGUUGUUGAUUCUCUUGUACAGAAUCUAUAAAUAUUGCAUAAAAGCAGAGUUUUUGUUUUAGAGUGUAAAAAGAUAAAACAACUUCGGAGAGGCAUCUCACCUUCCUAUAUAUAGUGGUGAUUAGAAAACAUGAAGAAGAAGAAAAGAUAAGCCAAGACUUUCAUAAAGGUUUUUGGGGAACCUUUCUUUAUGUAGUAACUUCUCAUAGGUGUGGGAAGAAACAGAAACAUAAGGAUAUUUUUUAAAAAGAAUAUUCAUGUGAUUUGUAAAGAGAUUAUAUGAAUGGAAAUGAUUUGAUUUUGGUGUGAA